CCUGACCUUAUUCUUACAUUUAAAUAACAAAACAGACUAAACUGACAGCAGAUCUGUGGUUGUGCUUUUAAAACUCUCGACAGAUAUAUGUAUGCUCUCGCUCCAGUGACAUUAACAGUCCCACCCCUUUUCCCUCAGCCCACCAGCCAAUCCCUUUCCUCAUGUUUAUGUAUUCUGACAUCCAGUCCAUGUGAUUGCAGCCAACCAAUCGGGCGGCUGCAGUGAGGUAUGACAUCACUAACUAGCUGGUUCCCUCCAGCAGCAGGGGAGCUUCAUUUUCUGCUCCGAGUGUUCGUGCUAAAAUGGAGGCUGGCUCCUCGCCUUAGCCUGGGCUGCUCUCUUCUUCCCUGUCUCCUGCCUCAGCUCACUAAUGUUGGCAUGUACUAGAGCUGCCAGUGGGAUGGUUCUGGAUGCACCGAGCUCCAAUGGGCCUUUCCAGCCUGUGGCCCUCGUGCAUUUUAGAGAUGUUCCCCCUGCAGAGCAGGAGAAGUUGUUCAUCCAGAAGUUGCGGCAGUGCUGCGUCCUAUUCGAUUUUGUCUCUGACCCACUGAGUGAUCUGAAAUGGAAGGAGGUGAAACGGGCAGCACUAAGCGAGAUGGUGGAGUACAUCACGCACAACAGGAACGUCAUCACAGAGCCCAUCUACCCAGAGGUGGUUCACAUGUUUGCUGUGAAUAUGUUUAGGACGUUGCCGCCAUCAUCCAAUCCCACAGGUGCAGAGUUUGACCCAGAGGAGGAUGAGCCCACACUUGAGGCAGCAUGGCCUCAUCUACAGCUUGUCUAUGAAUUCUUCCUGCGGUUCUUAGAGUCACCUGACUUUCAACCAAACAUAGCCAAAAAGUAUAUUGACCAGAAGUUCGUAAUGCAGCUCUUAGAGCUGUUUGACAGUGAAGACCCCAGGGAAAGAGAUUUUUUAAAGACCACUCUUCAUCGCAUCUAUGGCAAGUUCCUGGGGCUGCGAGCAUACAUUAGGAAACAGAUUAAUAACAUAUUUUAUAGGUUCAUUUACGAGACUGAGCAUCAUAAUGGAAUAGCAGAAUUAUUGGAAAUAUUAGGCAGCAUAAUCAAUGGAUUUGCAUUACCUUUGAAAGAAGAGCACAAGAUAUUCCUGCUGAAAGUUUUACUGCCACUACACAAAGUCAAGUCUCUUAGCGUAUAUCACCCACAGCUGGCCUAUUGUGUGGUACAGUUCUUAGAGAAGGAUAGCACCCUCACAGAACCGACGGUGAUGGCUUUGUUAAAGUACUGGCCAAAGACCCACAGUCCGAAAGAGGUAAUGUUCCUCAAUGAACUGGAGGAGAUCCUGGACGUUAUUGAGCCUUCGGAGUUUGUCAAAGUCAUGGAGCCCCUCUUCAGACAGUUGGCCAAGUGUGUGGCCAGUCCUCACUUUCAGGUGGCAGAACGAGCUCUGUACUACUGGAACAACGAGUACAUCAUGAGCCUGAUCAGUGACAAUGCUGCUAAGAUCCUGCCCAUCAUGUUCCCAUCCCUGUACCGCAACUCCAAGACCCACUGGAACAAGACCAUCCAUGGGUUGAUCUACAACGCUCUGAAACUCUUCAUGGAGAUGAACCAGAAGUUGUUUGAUGACUGCACCCAACAGUUCAGGGCAGAGAAAAGCAAAGAGAAAGCCAAAUGGAAAGAGAGAGAAGAUGCAUGGCUGAAGAUUGAGAAUCUUGCGAAAUCAAACCCGCAGUUUCUGAUGUACAUUGACUCGGGUGGCUCAGAUGCUACAAUGGACAUGGAGACUGAUGGGCCGCUGCUAGAUGACGUCAACAUGCUAAAGAAAACAGUAGAGGAGGAAGCCACACAGCUCCAAAAAGAUCAGCGUAAAGAGCGCCCGUUGAUGCGGAGGAAAUCAGAACUUCCCAGGGACAUCUGUACUGUCACAGCCUUGGAGAUGCACCGGAGAGCUGAGGACAUGUUGACAACACAUGAGGGCCACUAAGAGGCCAUCCCAGAUCCACUGUAAACCAGCAGAAGCAGCAUUCACCACAGAGGAACCACAGGCCCACAUAGGCCAGCACAACAACAGAACUGUGGUAUCUCAGUCCAGCCCAGCACAACACAGAACUUAACAGUCCCAACUCCACCUGACACAGAAAAUGUCUAAAGCCGCACAUCCAAGCCCGGUUUGGCUUUUGCGGGACAAGCGGUGCUCGGUCCCUAUUGACCCUGCCCCACCUCCAUGCUCUUUUACCUAACUGGUUGUUGUCCAGCAGAGAUGUCUGUGGUGCUGGAUGGUCCUGCAUGACCAUGACAUGCACUCCCUGAACUGCACCCAAGAUGCUAUACUCGGUGUGUCUCUUUUACCUCCCUGUUCUUUCUCUUUUCCUGUCCUCCUGUUGCUUUUUGUUUGGGGUGCUGUGCUGCCCCCUUCUGGUCAUUUCUCUCAGGUGUUCUGUGUGGGUGUGUGAGGUGUGAGCUGUCUUCUCUUCUUGCCUCUUCUUUGUAGAUGUCAGGUGCUUGUACAAAUAAUAUGAGCCCAACUGUAACCUCCCCAGAGAACGUCUCUGGUUUAAUGUUUUGUUUUCAUGUUAAGGCAUCAGUUGAUGAGAAAAUGUUGUUUCUAUAUAUGAUAUUAGCUAUUUUUCUCAUAAUGUUUUAACAAGACAGCUGUUUAUAUUUUUUCCUACAUAGUAUAUUAGGAGCUCCUCUUGGAGUCAAACACACUUUGUAUCAGUAAAACAGUUCUGUUUGGAGCUUGCUAUUUUUCUUUUUCCGUUAGCUGUGAAGAUUCAUUGAUCAUUCUGUUAAUCAGAACAGGAACAACUGGGACUCCCAGUAGAGCAUGUCUGGUACAAAAGUGUUACAACACAGGUCUGUGAUUCAAACAGUGCUGGCCUGACAGAGGUCCAGGUUCUGGGAUUUUCAAUGAACAUGUGUAGAAACAUAGUUUGGUGCCAACUUCUCUCAUUAAUUUAGUUCCUUUUCUUGAUUACCAUCACUUGUAGGAAGUAAGUUCACUCGGGUUGCACUGUGUAUCAACAGCUCAAACAACGGUCCAACAGUUGAUUACAUAGAGAGAUCCAUUUCACUGGUCCUUGGGACAAGUCCAGUCCGAGCCGGGCUUGCCACACAAGUUACAUGAGAGGUGAUUGUGGGAUUUAUUUUUAGUUGCCCGUUCACAUCCAGCUGUUGUAGGAGUGUGUUUUAACAUGGUCAUUGUUGCAGUCAUUCAUGUGAGACUUACGAGAGGUCAAAGAGGUGUGUUUGCUGAUCUGGGUUUUACGCAAUGUUGCAGUGUGUUGAGAAAAGUCAAACAGGGGCAGAAACAGCUGACGGUGACCGGUUUUUCUACUCUUCUCAAGUAAGACCCUUUUAUUUAUAAAACACUUAAUGUGAGAUUAGACUGCUUCAUAUAUGAGGUAUGUUUGAAGAGGUCAUUAAGCCUUUAUUUUUCACAGUGCCUUUUAUAGUGUAAGGGGAUAUUUGCUCAACUGAGAAUCGAGUAGUAGCAUGAACUGAAAUGCCAUAUCCAUUAAAAAAAAAAAAAAAAAAAAAAAA